GAUUUGUAAGACUGAUAUAAAUAAAAAAACCUAGCUCAUUUUCAUAAACCCUACUUGCCGCGCCGUAUAUUAUUCUCAUCUCUCUCCUCAGGGUUUCUAUUACAGCAUCAAUGGCGCCUCCUGCGAAAGAUGUAAAGAAGGCUGAUCCCAAGGCACAGGCCUUGAAAGCUGCUAAAGCUGUGAAAUCUGGCUCAAGUACCUUGAAGAAGAAGGCCAAGAAGAUCAGGACCAAGGUUACUUUCCAUAGGCCAAAGACAUUGAAGAAGGACAGAAACCCCAAGUACCCUCGUAUUAGUGCAACACCAAGAAAUAAGUUGGAUCAUUACCAGAUACUUAAAUAUCCCCUGACCACUGAGUCUGCAAUGAAGAAGAUUGAGGACAACAACACCUUGGUUUUCAUUGUUGACAUCCGUUCUGACAAGAAGAAGAUUAAGGCUGCCGUCAAGAAGAUGUAUGACAUUCAGGCCAAGAAAGUGAAUACCUUGAUCAGGCCUGAUGGCACCAAGAAGGCGUAUGUUCGUUUGACACCUGACUAUGAUGCCUUGGACGUUGCAAACAAGAUCGGAAUCAUUUAACUUGUAUUUUGUUCCAUGUUUGUUCAACUAGAUGAUCUCUGUCAUUUUUGAUAGGAACAUACUCAAUAGAAAAACAAUUAAGUUUUGUUUGAUGUUGCAAUGCUAUGCAUUAGCCUAUGUUCUUAUGGAUGUCUUUAUUUGCUUUCUUAGGAUAUGUAUCAGUAUUUUAAUUUAUAAUAUAAUUUCAGAAUGCCUUUUGGUUCGUAAACA